AUCCCAGGGUGAACCAUUGGAUGAUGAUGAGCAGUCCUCUUCCAACGAUGGCGAUAUGCCUAUUUUACGCUUAUUUCAGCAAGGUUUUGGGACCGAGGAUAAUGGAGAAUAAAAAGCCUUUCAAACUCCGGGGAAUCCUGAUAACGUACAACCUGGUGCAAACGCUAUUCUCCACGUGGAUCUUUUACGAGGCAGAUGAAAGUAAUUUAUCAAUUAUGUGUUUGAGAAGUGGUAAACAUUCGAUAUAUAAUUCGUGGUAUCGUUAUCAUCGAUUCAGUAUCAGUCUGAACAACGACGGAUCGACAAGAGAUCUCCUUAAUGCG